AUGGAAAAUUCUACAAAUUCGAUUUACGAUCAUCCGGAUGUUUCUAACAUUGUGGAAUAUAUAAAAAACAAGUUUUAUUUUGCAACAUUAAAAAAUGGCCGAAAGGAAGCGAGAAAAAUGGAAAAUCUUGAAUUUUUCAAUAUAGACAACGAACUCAUUUAUAAUAACUUUUACAACGACUUUGGACCUUUAAAUCUCGCGUGUUUGUACAGGUACUGCUAUAUGGUGAACAAGAAAUUAAAUGAUCCAACAAAGAAGCAUAAAUUAUUCGUGCAUUGUACUUCGAGAAAUGAGGAGAAAAGAGCAAAUGCUGCUUAUUUGAUAGCCUCCUACGCCAUUUUGUAUUUGAAUAAAACUCCUAAAGAAGCUUACAAACCUUUCAUCGUUGGUAACGAAUUAAUGUCGUUCAGAUUAUUUCAAGAUGCAUCUUUGGGACCAUCGAUUUACAAUAUUCAUUUACUCGAUUGUCUAAAUGCCAUUUACAAAGCUGCAUCCUUUGGCAUAUUCAACUUCGAUGACUUUCAUUUAGCUGAAUACGAAAAAUACGAACAAACACAAAAUGGUGAUUUGAAUUGGAUAGUACCGCAAAAAUUAUUAGCUUUUCUUACUCCAAGUACGGAAAAUGGAACGAUCUAUCAUCCACCAGAAUGUUACAUUAAUUAUUUUUUAAAGAAUGACGUUGUUGUUGUCGUUAGGCUGAAUAAAAAAACAUACGAUUCUAACAGUUUUACAAAAGCAGGAAUAUCACACUACGAUAUGUUUAUGCCAGAUGGUACUGUUCCACCAAAAAGAAUUCUUUAUAAAUUUCUUAAAUUGGUGGAAACUACAAAUGGUGCUAUUGCUGUUCACUGUAAAGCAGGAUUGGGCAGGACAGGUUCUCUAAUAGCAGCAUUCUUAAUAAAGCAUUAUACAAUGACAGCCAGAGAAGCUAUAGCCUGGACACGAAUUUGUCGAACUGGCUCCGUUAUUGGACAUCAACAAGCUUGGCUAGAAAACAUAGAAUGCAGUCUCUUAAAUGCAGGCCAACAAUAUAGACUUAAAUAUCAUGGGGAUAGCAAUAUGGUAUUACAGCACAGAUGGGGGAUAUACUCCAUCGCUAUUAAAUUAGAGAACAACGAACGUCGUGACCAUUCUGAAACUGAUUAUCCUAAUAGCAACCAUCGAAAUAAUUAUCCAGGCAAGUUUUUCAUUUAUUUUACGAAUUGUUUUAUUUGAUUCGAUGAAAGAGCCCUUCUUCCGUCUCCCUUUUUGUUUCCUUUUUUCUUUCUUUCUUUCUUUAUCUCUUUAACAUGGGCCUAAGGAAAAUGUGGAAGACACUGUAAAGUUGUAGUAUACUAAAAACUUUAGCUUGUCAAGUUGCAAGCAUUAUUCUCUCAUAUAUGUAUCCUUAAAUUCGUAACUACUUAUGAGUGAGUGACUUUAAUUACGAAAUAAUAUAUUUAGAAAAUUAAAAAUAAGAUAAUGUCCUAAUUUAACGUGCUAUAUAAGAAGCUUUGUGUUUUUUUUUUUUCUUUUUUACUUUAUUUGUAUUUUUAUUUUAAACAAGAAAAAUAGCGAUGACUUACCUAAGAAUAUAAGGUAGUCAAAUCUAAAUUAUUGCGAACAUUAGAUAACUAUGAUAUAAACGUUAAACGUUUGUAAUUCGUUAAUGAAUGAUAAGGAAGUGUUUUUUUCUUUUCUUUUUUUUUUUUUUUUAAUCGAUUGUUAUAGAUAUUAAUAUAUGUAUUUGCGUGUAUGUAAUUUUUGUAUAUAGGUAAGUUACGAAAUGUAAAUGGUACGAUGAAAACAAAUGCAGAAUCUUCAAAUCAAAAAAAGACACGUAACAAAAAGGAUCUAAUUAAAUGUCGCUGGAAAUUAAAUCAUUUGAAAGGUACUUCGACACAAGGUGACAAACUAAAUGAAAUUAAAAUAAAUAGAGAAAUAAAUUAUCACAAAUGAACUGAUCGUUAUUAAAAAAUGACAAAAAGAAAAACAAAAACAAAAAUGUUCUCUUUUUCUCUGUUGAAACACACUGGCAAUCUGUAAAAAAGUUAAUAAAAGGAAAAGAGAUAAACUAUAAUUUAUAAGAUAUAUAUAUAUGAUAAUCAAAAUAAUAUCGUAUAAAAUAUAUAUACGAUAAUAAAUACCUGUUUGUUUUGUGUUAUUUGACAUAUUUAAUAACGUUACGUAUAUAUGUAUUUAAAUACGCGUUAAAAGCACAUGUGCUUUGUAGGUAUAAAAACAAGCUAUCUCGGUUUGUUAUCUCUUAUCUCUUUUUGUUAUAAAUUUUAUAACAAACAACGAUAAUCACAUAAUCAAAACAUAGUAAAAUGUAAUAAUAUUAAAAACGGAAAAGAAAUGAUUAUAAUUUCCUCUUUUUGUACUUUUUCAUCAGGGUAAUUAUCACUUCUUUUUUUUUUUUUUUUGUUUUUUUAGAUUACAAUAAUUAUAUCGAAGACCGUUUUUUUUUAACGUAGAGAGAAUCUCAUUCCCGUCAGAAGAAACUCAUUUAUGCACAAAUGACAUAUUUAAUACGCUAUUUAAAAAAGAUGUCGCGCAUCCGAAUGUGGGAAUGUUUUUCUAUUUUUUGUUUUGUUUUGUUGGGGUUUGUUCUUUUUUUUUGGGGGGGGGGGCUUUUUUUUUUUCUUUUUUCGUUUAUAAUGUCCACUUUUUUUUUUUUUUUAAUAAAUAUCACGAACCUCGAGCAAGCUGCAUGCUUUGCGAUGCAAGCGAACGUUAAAAUUGGUCUGAAGCAUUUAUCUAUGUAUGUACGAAAAAAAAAUUAGAAGAACAAAAAAACAACAAAAAGAAGAGUGAUUUGUAUAAAAAAAAGUUACUUUUUCGUGAUUUUAUAGACGAUUGCAUACAAAAUGACUAUUUUUACAAACUAAAAUAAGAUAGAUAGAAAGAGAAAGA